AUGACUAUUCCAGCGGCGGACGACAAUAAUUGUCCUUCCUAUGACAAGGUGAUCGAUUUAAUCGUCGAAUACGCCUAUGACUAUGAGAUCGACUCUCCAGCGGCCUGGACACGAGCCAAGGCAGCCCUUAUUGAUGCUCUAGGCGCUGCCAUCGAAAGUAUUCAUACUAGCCCAGAAUGUGCCGCCAUGAUUGGCCCCGUCUGGCCCCAGACAGCUACGGUACCAGGGGGCUUCCGCUUGCCCGGUACUCAAUUUCAGGUGGAUGCCCUCAAGGGCGCCUUUGACCUUGGGGGAAUGAUCCGUUACCUUGACCACAACGAUGCCUUUCCGGGCGCCGAAUGGGGACAUCCAUCAGAUAAUCUGGGUGCAAUCCUCAGCACUGCAGACAUCCUCAGUCGGGAGGCGCUCGCUCGUGGCAACCCUGAGGAGGUCAUCUCCAUGAAACAGGUCCUCACUGCUCUGAUCAAGGCAUAUGAGAUCCAGGGCGUGUUUCAGAUCCGAAACGCCUUCAACAAGGUUGGCCUCGAUCAUGUCAUUUUAGUCAAGGUGGCUUCGUCCGCCAUGGUCUCCUGGCUUAUGGGUUUAUCCCACGAUCAAGCCCGGGCUGUAGUCUCGCAUGCAUGGGCUGAUGGCCAUCCGCUGCGGGUCUACCGACAAGCGCCAAACGCAGGGCCCCGGAAAGGAUGGGCCGCCGGGGAUGCCUGCAUGCGUGCUGUGCAUCUGGCUAACCUAGUUCGAUGCGGCCAGCCUGGUAUCCGCUCCGCGAUCACUACCCCGCGUUGGGGAUUUUAUGACGUCUUAUAUCGGGGCCAGACUUUCGAGCUACCCCGUGCAUUCACUAGCUGGGUUAUGGAGACGGUCCUCUUCAAGGUCUCGACGGCUGAAGGACACGGAUUGACCGCUGUGGAAGCAGCAUUGAGUAUCGCGCAAAAGCUGGCCCAGCGUGGACUUCGGCCGGAAGAGGACAUUAUCAGCAUCCGAGCCCGAACCCAGGAGGCUGGAAUGAUCAUCAUCAAUAAGAAGGGGCCGCUGCACAAUGCCGCCGAUCGCGACCAUUGCCUGCGUUAUAUGGUCGCCGUGGUCCUACUUAAGGGCAGUCAAAUCACGACUGCUGACUACCAGGAUAGCAGUCCUUGGGCUCGUGACCCUCGCGUAGAAUCACUACGCUCCAUGACCACAAUGGAAGAGGACCCGAAGUUCACUCAGGAUUAUCAUGAUCCUCAGUGCCGCAGCGUGGCCAACGCAUUGGAGGUAACACUGCGAGAUGGCACCAAGUUGGAAGAAAUGGUGCCGUUCCCCUUGGGUCAUGUGCGUCGACCUGAGACUUUGCAGCUGGUCAGGGAGAAGGCCCAGCAGAAUUUAGGGUUGAAACUUUCGUCAGAGAGAGUGGAACAGAUCCUGGACACCGUCGAUCAACCGAAGUUCGAGAAGAUGGCCGCUAGUGAUUUUGUAGACCUAUUUAUCCCACAUCCUGCGCCCAGCGCAGCAUGA